AUGGUUAAAAAUCUCAUAGGCGGUUUAAUGACUUUUUUCACGGCUUUGCUAAACGUGAAUUUACCUGAGCAUUUGCAAGACACAAACGCUGUGGGUAAAGUCAUCACGAGAGAAGGAUAUCCUUACGAAAUGUACACCGUGCCCACGGAUGAUGGUUAUUUGCUCGGCAUGCAUCACAUUCCCGCGAAAAAUCCGCUCCCGCAACACAACAAUGUCCUUCUCAUGCACGCCGCCAUGACAGCGGGCGGCCAAUUUGUCAUUAAUGGCAACAAAAGUUUAGCUUUUAUGCUCGCCGAUGCCGGAUACAACGUUUGGAUCAUUCACGCACGCGGCACUUCGUAUUCUCUGAAGCAUCAGAAUCUCUCGAGCGACGAUCCGAAGUUUUGGGAUUUCAGUUGGCACGAAAUUGGCAUGUACGACAUCCCGAAUACGAUAGAUUUCAUUUUGCGCAAGACGGGCGACGAUAAACUUCAUUUUGUCGGGCAUUCGCAGGGACCGACGGCAUUUCUCGUGAUGAUGUGCGAACGCCCCGAGUACAAUGAGAAGGUGAAAAGUUCAUAUUUGCUUGGGCCAGCGGUUUAUUUGCACAACACGUACAAGCUGAUGCGUGGCAUGACGAAUUUGAUCGUUGACAUAGCAAAGGAACGGAAAUUGUACAAGAUACAGAUGAAGGAAUCGGCACUUUUGUAUCUCCUAUUGAACUUCUGCAAAGGACCUGUGUUGAGUUUGUGGUGCACAAUGCAGCAAUUGAACGCUUUGGGAGGCGAUACGGGACAAAUUCUUGAUCGGCAUGCUUUUAAACACACAAUUGCCAAAUACGCUCGUGACAACAUCUCCUCGAAAAUUCUUUGGCAUUUCGCUCAAGUGCAAAACAGUGAACGCUUCGAGAAAUACGAUUACGGCAAGGAAGAAAAUUUGAUGAGAUACGGAUCAAUUCAGCCUCCGCUCUAUAAUUUAACGCGAGUUACUGUUCCAAUUGUGCUCGCUUAUGGGACACGAGAUUCUUUAACGAAAGCUGAGGAUACAGAAAUUCUCAUUCCUCAACUAAAAAGCAUCACAAAAGUGAUAAAGUUGCCAUGGAAUCAUGUUGACAUGAUUAUCGGUAGAAACGUGGAUACGCAAUUGUAUAACAACAUCCUUGGGUUGAUGGCACGAACUUGA